AUGGCUUCUCCAGCUUCGCUGGGCUCCAGGGCCUUGCGGGCCAGCCGUCGGGUUCCCGUUGCCUCGUUCCAGCGAAGAGGGUUGGCGGCUGCAGCUUCCGGAAGCUUUCAAUACGAGACGGGUGAUUCUUCUGGCAUCAAAUAUGCAAGCAGAGAUUUGCCAGGUCCGACGACAACCCUGACCGUGGUCGCAAAAGCUGGCACAAGAUACCAACCCCUUCCCGGCCUGUCAGAUGCGCUGGAGAAAUUUGCGUUCAAGUCAACCACCAAACGAUCGAGUUUGCGCAUUACUCGUGAGUCGGAGCUGCUCGGUGGUAAUCUAUCCGCCUAUCAUUCCCGCGAGAACCUUGUACUUCGAGCCAGGUUCCUCCGCGAAGACCUUCCGUAUUUCACAGAACUGUUGGGAGAGAUAAUCUCCAAAACCCGGUACACAACACACGAGCUUGAUGAGGAGGUAGUUCGCGUUCUCAAACUCGGACAGCAGGGCCUUCUCGCAAGCCCAUCAUCACUCGCCCUGAACUCCGUCCACGCCGUUGCCUUCCACCGCGGAUUGGGCGAGCCAUUGCAUCCCACUUCCUCGACCACAAUUUCCAAAUAUCUCGACGUGAGGACCAUUGCCGAAUUUGGUCGCGCUGCUUACGCUCGAUCUAACAUCGCGGUGGUUGCUAACGGCGCAAGUCACUCGGAGUUGUCAAAGUGGGUGGGAGAAUUCUUCACCGACACUGGAAAUGGCUCUAAGACACUCAAGUUGUCGAGCCCCACUUCGAAAUACUAUGGCGGCGAGGAAAGGAUUGCACACAACUCUGGGAACGUGGUGGUCAUUGGCUUCCCUGGGUCCAGCUCGUUUACGUCUGGCUCGUCCUUCAAGCCAGAAAUCUCGGUUCUGGCAGCGCUUCUUGGAGGAGAGUCUAGUAUCAAAUGGUCGCCAGGCUUCUCGUUGUUGUCUCAAGCUGCCAAGGAAUUCCCUCAGGCUCACGUAUCUACAAACCAUGCCACAUACUCAGAUGCGGGGCUGUUGUAUGUCACCAUUUCUGGGGAGGCACUUGAUGUUGCAAAAGCAAGCACGAAUGUGGUGGAAGCGCUGAAGAAGAUUGCGUCAGGCCAGGUUGCGGAAGAGGACAUCAAGAAGGCGACGGUGUUGGCCAAGUUCAGGGCCCUUGAAGCCGGUCAACAGACUGAUGCUGGACUCGAAGCCACUGGGUCUGGCCUGAUCACCCAGGGCAAAGCGUUCCAGAUUGAUGAAAUUGGUGCGGCAAUCGACAAAGUUUCUGGCGACAAGGUCAAAGCGGCUGCCAAACAAUUACUGGAAUCCAAGGCCUCGGUUUCAGCCGUUGGAGACUUGUUCGUCCUUCCAUAUGCGUCGGAAAUAGGUCUGACGGUCUGA